AAGCCGAACAGUCAAUGAAGUUGGCGGUGCGCAAAGUUAAUUAUACUUAAACUUUCAAUUUUAAAUCGCAUUUUAAGAACAAUUCCGCAUGAAAGCCGUGCACGCGAUGUGCUUAUGAAGUUUACUGUUUUCGUUAUACCCAUGUUAUUGUUAAAGCGAGCGCUGCCACCGCUUUUCCUCUGCAUUCGUUGGAUGUUUUAAAAAAAAAACACGCGCGUUGCGCGUCGUACGAAACAUAUUCAAAAGUUGUUUGCUACAUAUGUGUGUGUGCGUGUGUUGUAUGUUUGUAUGUGCGUAUGUGCUGGCUUUAUUAAACAUUAACAUUGCGAAAAAUCAAUACACAUUGUGUUCGCAAGUCUCUCAGUGCUUGUGUGCUGUGCACCGUGAGGCAUUUGUGCAAGAAUUGUGUUAAACAAAAAGCGACGCACGCAACGCAAGGAUAACGCCAGCAGAAGGCGGCUGGCGGUAGGGGCCAACACGCACCCAACGCAUCUAAAACGAGAUAAUAAAAAACGCAUUGAGCUUCCAUUAGAGCUUCCAUUGGAUCUGGAGUUGAAUACUAGUUACGAAUCGAACGUGGACGAGGCGUUCUUGGCUGCAGCAGGAUGAGCGCCACCACACAGGAGUUUUGCGUGCGAUGGAACAGCCAUUUGGGCAGCAUUGGUGCGGCCUUUCCACAGCUGUUGGCUGGUCAGAGAUUUGUGGAUGUGACACUAGCCUGUGAGGGGCAUCAGGUGCAUUGCCAUCGCCUGGUGCUGGCUGCCUGCUCCACAUACUUUGAAGCCAUAUUGGCUGAGAAUCCGUGCAAGCAUCCGGUCAUCAUAUUGCCCAGCGAGAUCAAACUGUGGGAGAUCCAGGCGCUGGUCGAUUUCAUGUACAAGGGCGAGGUCAAUGUGACGCAGGCUGGAUUGGGCCAGCUGUUGCGCUGCGCCGAGCAGCUCCGUAUACGCGGCCUCUAUGGCUCCGAGGCGGCCAUCAACUACAAGCAGCUGCAACAGAUGCGCCAGGAGGCAGCGACGCAGGAGUCGCCAGCUCCUCCAAAACAGGAACAGCAGCAGCAACAACAACAGCAGCAACAACAACAGCAGCCGCAUCAACUGGACUGCACUGAGACGGAUGACACGGCCACCAACUCGACGACAUCGACCACAACCACAAGCACAACGGCGCUAUCCGCCAAGCAGCAGCAGCAACAAUUGCUACUGCAACAGCAGCAACAGCUGCAGCAAAAGGAGCAGCGCCAGCGCCAGCAGACAAAUGGCAACAAUACGCUUCAAUUGCAGCUGCUGCAACAACAACAACAACAACAGCAACAGCAACAGCAGCAACAACAGCAGCAACAUCAACAGCAGCAGCAGCAGCAGCUGCCGCAAACAAAUGCUGGCUCCUCGGCAGCUGCUUCGAACAACUCGAAUGCACCGACCGAAGAUGAUUCGGCGGAUGAUGCUAGCAACAAUUGGAAUGUUUAUAGCGAGCACUACGAGGACUUUGCCGCGGCCAGCGACAACAAACUGAAUGUGCAGCUGGUAUUGCAACAGCAACACCAGCAGCAACAGCAUCUGCAAUUGCAGCAUCAUUUGGACUCCACCAUUGAGGACGAUCACAAUUAUGUGGCCGCCCAUGAUGAGGACAAUGACAGCAGCGGCUUUGCCGGCAAUAUGGGCAGCUCCGGCGGCAUUGUUGGCAAUGUUGCUGGCCUCUCGCUCAGCAUGGACGCUGAUUUGGAUACCUCGGCAAACACAUCCGGCUCAUCGCUAAUGCACAGCUCCAUCGAUGGCUAUACAUCGUACAAGCGGGUGCGACGCUCAGAGGCAUCGCUCGCUCAGGCCGCCAAAUGUGUGUCAAAGGGCGAAACAUUUCAAACGGUCAGCAACAUGUUCAAUAUACCCGUCUCGACCAUACGCUUCUAUAUGGCACGCAAGGGCAUAUUGCCGAAGCGGAAGCGCGGACGUGGCGCCUCCCAUGCGGGCAGCACAAUUACCACAACCAGCACGGGCAAUGCAGCUGCCGCUGCGGCAGCAGCAGCAGCGGCGGCCACCAUGGCGGCGGCCACCACAUUGGGCAGCUUAUCGACGGCCGGUGCGCAUCAUGUGUCGCAUCACUUGCCACUGGAUGCCAUACAGCUGAAGCGACUCACAAAUGCCAGCAGUGGAGGCGGCGGCGGCAGCGGGGGAGGCGGCGGUGGCGGGGGUGGCGCUGCCAGCCCCUCAGGAGCAACUGCAACAGCAGCGGCAGCAGCAAUGGCAGCAGCAGCAGCAGCGGCAGCAGCAGCUGCCUCCUCCUCCUCGCCACGACUGGAGGUGGCCACAGCGGCAGGUGUGCCCUUUCAUCUGCUCAGCGAUGCGGCGGCCUUCAAGCUGAGCGAACAGCAGCAGCAGGCGCACAUAAUCUAACCAUGAGGUUGGCUUCGCUUGCAUUUAGACCCAUACGUGAAACGAGAGAGUGAGCCAAAUAUUUUACCAAGCUCUGCGCGAUGCAGUUCAUCCAGCUUCCUGGCAUCUAUGGUAAACGAUGGACAAACCAAGCUCUCGCUAACAGCCGGAAACAGGCCAGAAAUGUGUCUGUUGAGACGUUUACUCAUUGCUUAAGUGCAUCUCAAAAUCACACACACACACACACACACACACACACACAGAAGCACACACAUAAGCACACACAGCUGCACACACUCAUGCGUAGUCGCUUUAAAAGCAAACCCCUCCCUUCCACCCAUUGGUUCCUCCAAAUGCUGACGUUGAACAAUGAUCUGCAACAGUUAAAAGCUAUGCAUAUAUACUAAUAAUUAUGAACGUAUAUCCUAGUUAUACGCAUAUACAUGCAUAUAUGUAUAGAUAUAUACAUAUAUAUUUUUUUUAUAUCUAAUAUUUUGCCUUUAGUCAGCUACAUAUUAAUUAUGAAUAUAUAUGUAUGUGUAUACGGCAUACGUGAGCACGCGUAUGUAUUUGGCAAAUUCAUCUGCACCCCACAACCCCCCCCCCCCCCCAUACCUCCCACUAAUUGUAUGUAUCAUCGCUUAUAAGAUUAAGGAUUAGUUUUACAUCUGUAAUAUAGUACAUGACAUUUUUCAUGCAACAAUCCCCCAACCAAUCACAACACAUAAUUUGUUCAUAAACCAACAGCAUUAACAAACAAAUGUAAUACAUCAAAUUUUGUGCAGUUAACAGACAGUACAAUAACAAUAAGUUAGAAAAAAAAAACAAAAACAACCAGUUGCUAUAUAUACAGUACAUUUAUUUU